AUGAGCGCGGCCGAGCGCGGCCCCGGCGGCCCCGGGGGUCCCGGGGGUCCCGACCCCGGCGGGGGCCGCAAAGCGCGGGGGCGGCCGCGCCUCACCGAGACCGACCGGGCUCGGCGGCGCCUGGAGUCGCGCAAGAAGUACGACGUGCGGCGGGUGUACCUGGGCGAGGCGCACGGGCCCUGGGUGGAGCUGCGGCGCCGCAGCGGAUGGAGCGACGCGAAGCUGGCGGCCUACCUGCUGGGGCUGGAGCGGGGGCAGCGAGCGGGGCGGCGCGGCAAACCCUGGGAGCAGCUCCCGAAAAAACCCAAACGCAAGAAAAGGCGCCGCCGGAACGUGAACUGCCUGCGGCACGCGGUGAUCUGGUACGAGGACCACCGGCAGCGCUGCCCGUACGAGCCGCGCCUGGCCGAGCUGGACCCCUCGGUGGGGCUCUACACCACGGCCGUGUGGCAGUGCGAGCGCGGGCACCGCUACUUCCAGGACCUGCACUCGCCCCUGCGGCCCCUCAGCGACUCGGACGGCGACGAUGAUGAUGCCCCCGGCUCCUCUUCCUCCUCCUCCUCGGGGGGCUGCAGCUCCGGCUCGGAGGCGGCGCCGGGGGGGGGGUCCCGCGGUUCCAGCCCCCGCUGCCGGGGGUCCGGCCGCCCCCGAGGCGCUGGAGGCCGUGGUUUGUGUCCCGCUGCCGCUGCCCCUCCCGGCCCGGGGGGCUCUGGACGGGGGCGGCCCCCCCGCCCUGCUGCAGGGCCCCCCCCUCCUCAUCCUGGCCGGGCCCGGCUACGAGGCCCUGGGGGGGCUGCAGCUCGAUGUGGGGGGGCACGAGGUGCUGCUGGAAGGGGGGGGGCGCCUUCCCCGCCCCCCCUGAGGAGCCUCACCUGGCCAAGACAGCCCCCCCCCCCGGAGCCCCCCCGGGAGCCCCCCCGGGACCCUUCCCCUGCAGAGGACACCGAGGUGUCGACGAUCAUCUACGAGAUCCCCAAAGAGCCAGAAAGGCGCCGGCGGAGCAGGCGGGGCCGUGCCCCCUCCCCGGACUCCGAGGACCCCCCCGAGCCCCUCAGCUGCCCCUACGCCGGCUGCGGGCAGGAGUUCAGCGCCCUCAGCAGCUUCCAGAACCACGUGAACCUGGAGCACCGCAGGGGCCGGAGCCAGGUGUGCCCCCAGCCCGGCUGCGGGAAGAGGUUUUACCUGGCGAACCGCCUGCGCCGGCACAUGGGCGUCCACUCAGGUGUGCGGGAGUUCACCUGUGACACCUGCGGGAAGUCCUUCAAGCGCAAGAACCACCUGGAAGUCCACAGGAGGACGCACACCGGGGAGACCCCCCUGCAGUGCGAGGUGUGCGGGUACCGCUGCCGCCAGCGCGCGUCCCUGACGUGGCACAUGAGGAGACACGGGGGGCUCAAGAGUCACCCCGAGCCCCGCGGCACGUAGGGGACCCCCCGACUCACCUGGGACCCCCCGGACUCACCGGAGCCCCCCCGGACUCAUCGGGACGCCCCGAUGUAUCUGGGGCUGCACCUGGAGGUGAAGAAAAAACCACCUGGGGGGGUCCUGAGCCCCUCCCCGGGACACCCCGAGCACCUGAGGGACCCCUCAGGGGUGUCCUUGUGUGUCCCCCCCUCCCAGGUGACCCUGUGGCGCCCCCGGGUGGCCGCGCUGCCCUCCCCCGUCACCUUUUAUUUAUUUCCUUAUUCUCUCUCUGUCGCCCCCCUGGGCGCACCUGGGGUCGGGAGGGGCUUUGGGGACGUGGGGGGCGCGUGUCCCCCCCUCCAGGUAAUCCAAUAAAAUCAGGACUUUUCGUG